ACAUGACAACAUCUCAAGUCCAGAAGAUAGAAACAGAGUUUUCUAUUAAGGCAGAUGCUAAGGAAUUCUAUGAUGUUUUCUGCAACAAGACACACCAAGUUGCCAAGGCUUGCCCUCAUAUUGUACAGAGUGUUGUAAUUCAUGAAGGUGAAUGGGGAACUGAGAGAUCCAUCAUUUCAUGGAACUAUGUUUAUGAUGGCAAGGCUUGUGUUGCUAAGGAGAUUAUUGAAGACAUUGACAAAGAAAACAAUAAAAUGAGCUUUAGAGUGUUGGAAGGAGACCUGGUGAAGCACCACUACAAGAGCUUCAAGUUCUUGCUUCAUGCUGUUCCCAAGGAAAAGGGAGGAAGCAUGGUGCGUUGGACCAUGGAAUAUGAGAAGAUCAAUGAAAACACUUCUGAUCCUCACACGAGUUGGUAG